AUGACAAGAACUUUCACAUCCCUCAGCACAUAAUGCAAAUUUUGUUAAAAUUUUAAAAUUCAAAAUGAACAGAAAAACGAACAUUUUUCUGUCGAAACUGUCCAAUAAACAGAGGCACACGUUGGACUAUUGGAGAGUGGCGACACAGGAAAUCGAAAAUACUUGUCUGUCCGUACUCAAUCUGAUGUAUCAGAAUGACGACUAUGCGAAUUAUUUGAGAUACCAGCAACAGUUCCAAAAUUUUAAGGAAAUUCGAAACGUUUUGUCGAACAUUGUCUUGAAAACGGUAGAGACCAACAAUUUGCUGUUCAUGGAAAGUGUGGUCGUGAAUUCAGUCAAGCAACUAAUGAAUACGAUUGUAUUGAAUUCUGCGGGAAAUGAAGGCACGAUCAGAAAAACCACGGCAAUAAGUCGCAUGUACAACGAAAUUGCAUUGAUCAUAGUAAAGUGCAUGUUAAUAUUGAAAAAGAAAAUCCAGGACGUUGAUCAAUACCUGAACAAAAUUCCGACAAGACAAAUCAAAUACGAAACUGAAGCUUACAAAACUCUAAGAAUGUUGGAUGCCUUUGCCAAUCGACUUAACUUUAUGCUGAGAAAGACCUUGAAGGGUAGAAAUGAACAAAACGGACAAAUUGCUGAAAGUGUGUUCCAAUCCGUCGAACUGAUUAUAACUUCUGUUCAGAGAAUAUCGUUUGACAAACGAAGUCUUUGCAAAAUUGAGCCGCCUGUAUCUAGUUCAACAUCAUAUAUACCGAACUCGAUACCAACCGAAAACAGAGACAAAUUCAUUCAACGUACACGAAAUGUUUGGUCCUUAGUACAAGAGGAAAAAUCUGCUCGAAUCAGCGACACUUUACCCGAUACGCCUCGCUUCAUUGAAAAUAUUUUAAACGACAACAGUUUGCGGUAUCGUGAUAAGUUGAAGAUUAUUCGGGAGAGAAUGAAAGGCAGCACUAACAUGCGUCACAGUUACAGUCAUGACGACGAUAUUCCGUACGGAUGGAUUCAUCCCACCGAAGAGCAGAUCGAAGACUAUAUUUGCAGAAAUGGUGGUUGCCCGACCAGCACACUUCAAGCGAUAAAUGCAAAGGAAAGGUUUACACUGACAGAAAUCGUAAAAAUGUUUCCCUGUUCCACGCAACAUCUCCGUUUUCCACCGAAUCCAUCGAACGCUUCUAUAUUUACAUCUAAAGCGCAAAACCAAUCCGAAAUCAGUAUCAUCGACGAAGAUUUAUUGGAAGGAUUGCUGUGGCGAUGGCAUGAAGUCAGUGAUUCUGAAUCGACAAUCAGUGUUAGAUUUCAAUUUGAAAUGAGCGACACUCACCGUCGGGAGAGAUGGCUUCGCGGUUUCCGGCGUGUGCUUGAAGUGGAUCCUGAUAAAAUGAUUGAACUUCAAAGAGAAAUUUUAGUGGCACAGCAGUCGAGGUCGUAUACAGAGCUGAGAGAUCCCUGUAACAACCCAAGUAAAUAAAUCGAGAACGACACUGAUUCUCCAAAAUUGAUCAAUAAUUUUGUGUUGCAAAUCGAAGAAGAGAUGCACGUUUCUUGUUAUACCAAAUAAAGUAAGAAAAAUUCAA